GAUGUGAAAUAAGGUUAUUAGACUAAACCCAAUUGGCAUUAGUCCGUAUCAUUCAAGCUGCCACAUCUCGAACUCCAAAGGAGCAUUGAAAUAUAUCGAGGGACAACUUUGAACUCCUGCUAUUUUUUCCCCUCAACCAAUUAUUCUUCUAAUACCACUCCAAGAGGUUUGAGCGCAAUAUCUUAAAUCGCCCGACUUCUGCGAUUGAAUCUACACCAGAAGACACCGCAGAGAAACCAUUUGCGAACCCACUCAAUACGUGCGCUGAAAGCCACAGUAUUCCUUUUUCUACCCCCCUUACUUUUAAUUCAAAAUGAGGUUGGACGUAAAGAGGCAGUUGUUUGCUCGAUCGGAAAGAGUCAAGGGAAUCGAUUUCCACCCAGUCGAGCCAUGGAUUUUAACAACUCUUUACAGCGGUCAUGUUUACAUUUGGUCCUACGAAACUCAGGCCAUUGUCAAAACAUUUGAGUUGACAGAUGUCCCUGUCCGAGCCGGUAGAUUCAUUGCUAGAAAGAACUGGAUUGUUUGCGGUUCCGAUGAUUUUCAAUUACGAGUUUACAAUUACAAUACUUCGGAAAAGAUCACCACCUUCGAAGCCCAUCCCGAUUACAUUCGCGCCAUCGUCGUUCAUCCCACGCAGCCUUUCGUUUUGACCGCCUCUGAUGAUAUGACAAUUAAGCUGUGGGAUUGGGAUAAGGGUUGGAAAUGUGUGCAGGUGUUUGAAGGACAUAGUCAUUAUGUUAUGGGGCUAGCUAUCAAUCCAAAGGAUACGAAUACUUUUGCAUCGGCAUGUUUGGAUAGGACCGUAAAGAUCUGGAGUUUAGGAUCAUCCACAGCAAACUUCACACUAGAAGCCCACGAAACGAAAGGUGUCAACCAUGUGGAUUACUACCCUCAAUCCGACAAGCCAUAUCUUCUCACUACUUCAGACGACAGGACAGUCAAGAUUUGGGAUUAUACUACAAAGUCUUUGAUUGCAACUUUAGAAGGGCAUACAAGCAAUGUUUCAUUUGCAUGCUACCAUCCAGAAUUACCCGUCAUCAUUUCUGGUUCCGAAGAUGGCACAGUCAAAAUAUGGCAUGCAAAUACAUACAGAUUGGAGCAGUCCCUAAAUUACGGAUUGGAGAGAGCUUGGUGUGUCAGUUACCAAAAGGGUAAACAGGGAGUUGCUGUCGGUUUUGAUGAAGGUGCGGUGGUUGUAAAGAUGGGUCGAGAGGAGCCUGCAGUAUCUAUGGAUAAUUCUGGAAAGUUGAUCUGGGCUCGACAUAGUGAAGUUGUCUCGUCUAUUAUUAAGGGUGGAGAUGCUUCAGUAAAGGACAAUGAACCAAUUUCCUUGCCUACGAAAGAUCUCGGUACCUGCGAAGUAUAUCCACAAACUCUCCUCCACUCUCCAAACGGCCGCUUUGUAUCCGUAUGCGGUGAUGGUGAAUUCAUUAUUUAUACAGCACUUGCAUGGAGAAAUAAGGCGUUUGGCUCGGCCUUGGAUUUCGUUUGGGGUUCGAAAGAUAACAGCAAUGAUUACGCGAUUCGGGAAUCAGGAACCAGUGUGAAAAUCUUCAAAAACUUUGUGGAGAAAAGCGGUGGUCUUGACGUUGGCUUCCAAGCUGAAGGUUUGACAGGCGGUGUUCUUCUCGGUGUUAAGGGUCAAGGUGGCAUUGGUUUCUAUGACUGGCAAAGUGGUGGACUUGUUAGGAGAAUUGAGGUUGAGCCAACAGAAGUUUACUGGUCCGAAAAUGGAGAGUUGGUUGCCAUUGCGUGCGAAGAUACUUUCUACGUCCUUCGAUUUUCGCGAGAGAAUUACAUUGCGGCUCUGAAUGCCGGGGAAGUCGAUGAUGAUGGAGUCGAGGCUGCCUUUGAAGUUGUGACAGAUAUCAAUGAAACUGUACGAACUGGUGAAUGGGUAGGCGAUUGCUUCAUCUAUACAAACAGCACCAACAGACUUAAUUACCUCGUUGGUGAUCAAACCUACACCAUCUCUCAUUUUGAUCAACCCAUGUAUUUGCUCGGAUACAUCCAGCGCGACUCUCGCAUUUACCUCGCUGACAAAGAUGUCAACGUCACUUCUUUCGCCCUUUCUCUUGCAGUCGUUGAAUAUCAAACUUUAGUCUUGAGAGAUGAUAUGGAUACAGCUGCAGAAGUACUCAGCACGAUACCAGGAGAUCAACUUAACAAAAUCGCUCGUUUCCUCGAGGGUCAAGGACACAAGGAAUUGGCACUAGAGGUUGCAACCGACAGCGAACAUAAAUUCGAGCUGGCUCUCGCAUUAGGCCAUCUUCCAAUAGCUCUUGAACUUGCCCGUGAAGCAGAUGUCGAACAUAAGUGGAAGACAGUAGGUGAUGCCGCACUUGCUGGUUGGGAUGUUGCACUUGCAGCUGAAUGUUUCAAGAAUGCAAGAGAUCUUGGUUCGUUAUUGUUACUUCACUCAAGCACGGGUGAUAGGGAGGGGCUUAAAGGAUUGAGUGCACAGGCAAGUGAUGCUGGUGCACACAAUGUUGCUUUCACAUGUCUUUGGCAAUUGGGAGAUGUUGAUGGAUGUAUUGAGCUGUUAAUCAAGACUGGCAGAGCGGCAGAAGCAGUCUUAUUCUCACAAACAUAUAAGCCAAGCAUUGCCGUCAAGACUGUGCACGCAUGGAAAGCUCAGUUAGAAAAUGACAAAAAGGGUAGGGUCGCCAAGACAGUUGGUGUACCCGGUGAAGAUGAAGAGCUUUUCCCUGAAUGGGAAGAAUAUUUAAGGUUAGAGCAGGAAGGUAAUGAGAACCUUAUCGAUGUCAAUGGAGAUGGGCAUGAUAAGAUUAAUGGCGAUGGACCUGACCCGGACGCUGAAGCUGUGGAAGAGGGCUCAUUAGAGACGAAAGAAGAAGAUGAGGAGGUAGAAUCCGCAGAGGAGUAGUUGGGUGGUCCACAAAUAUAUUAAGGACGAGUUGAUUUUUGGGAAGUUUCUGGAAGGUGGCUAUAAAAGCAGCUGUGGAGUAAAUGACGCAUUUGAAAUAGAAUUAAAGAUUUAUUACUUCUAGGCCCAGUAGUUAUAGUGAAGGGGUGAUUGAUAUUGCUGCCUGAAAUGAAUGGUGAGUGGGAGCUAGAACAACAGGAACGGGAACGGGAAGAAUGGGUAAAUUGAAGGGGCAAUAUAGUGGAGAAAUUCUCCUCGUCGGGUUCCCUCUGCAGUGUUGACUCUUAUGUAAUGAGUUUUGUACCUAGUGGUAAAAGCCCACCUUGAGGAACCCGCCUAGGCGGAAAACUCUUUGUAUCUUACAGCUCAAGGUGGAAAUGCUGGAAGUGCUAAGAUGAUUGACGGCCUGGGAAUCUUAGAAUUAUAAGUCCAAAGUUUGUGAAUUCCAUGUAUGCUGUCAGGCACGUUGAAAUAAGACAAAGUAAGUGAAAACUUUGGAGCGA